CUCGAGCGAUUUGCGGAGUUUGUUGGGGUUUUGUUCUCGCGCGGCAGCUCGGGGUUUGGGGCUGCGAAUUGCGCAUCGCGGGUCGUGGCGGGGGGGAUUCGCUCGUGAUUCUUCUCGUGGGUUUUAGGCCUUGCGUGCGAUCAUUCUCCUUCGAGGCUUUCGUGCGAUUCUGGGUUGGAAGGUUUCGGAGGCUGGCCGGCGGCUGGAGUGGAGUAGAGAGGCGGAGGAAAGUCUGGAAGAGUUCCAGGGUUUGGAAGUCGACGACGAUGGAGAGGGUCGGAGAAAGCCUGGGAUUUUGAGGAUCCUGAAGAUUUUUGCAGAUCGCGUCGCUUCCGAUUCUUGCAGCAGCAGUCGUCGUCGUCGUCGUCGAGAGGGGGGGCGUUUGUGGAGCUUCCGGCCAUGGGAGACAAAGCAGGUGCCGCCGAGGGCUCGAGUAUCUUCGAGAGCCUGUUCGGUGGGUUUUCCAACGGCCUGUCCAUUUUCACGAACAAUCCUUUCAGACGAAAACAGGAGGCUGCCGCGGCGAAGGUUGAGGCUGCGGCGGAGGCCGAGGCCGAGUUGAAAAAGUCGGGGAAGGAUGGAGCGAAGCAGGACAGAUCAGAGGAUGCGAGUGGGGGGAGACGGGCGACCCCCACCCAGUCGGAGAUCGAAUCGAAGAGUCCGAGCAAGCAGAAGCAUUUGAGUGAUUCUCGGUCCAAGGGCCAGGGACAUGGGGAGAUCGACUUAGACGGUGGCAAAUUGCACACGCCCAAGAGUGACGAUGACGUUAGUGGCGAGAAGAAGAAGAAGAAGAAGAGAAGGACGGAGGGUUUAGGUGAGAACGUUGAGCAAGAAUUGUUCGUCGGCAACGACGGGAGUGGAUCCAGUGACAGGCGGAGGCAGAAGCAGGACAUUCCGGCGGGCAAUGUGGAGGAAUCCGACAAGGUGGAGGCUGCCGAGACGGACGAUGCUGAGUACACGCUGUCGAAGAAGAGGAAGAAAAGGAAAGGAGAGUAUGAUGGGGACGCUCAGAUUGAACCAGUGAAAAGGCAGAGCGAGCGCAACAAAAAGAAGCGGACCGACGAGGACUCCGCAGAGCCUCAAGAGAGUCCAUCGACGCCUGACAGCAAAAUAGGGAAAGCAGAGCGGAAGUCGGGAGACUCUGAUCAGGUGGGAGCGGUAGUAGAUGAGGGCACUGGACUCAAAGGGAAAAGGCCGCUCGAUUUGGAGGUGGUAGAGAAACGCAAGAAGAAAAUGAAGCUUGUGAAUGAAGUGAACGAGUUGAGCCCGCGUGUGAGUGAUAUUGCAGAUGCACCCCAGAAGAGUGAGGAGAAGAGCCAUGAAACGAGUGCUGGAAUGAAGAGGAAGAAGGAAGUUGAGCUAGAAAAGAAUUACGAGAAGAAACUCCGAGGAGCUACUGACCUGGAGGACGUUGGAGGUGUGGCCGAUAUGGACUUUGCUGAUUCCAAUUCCAAGGGAAAGAGGAAGGUUGGCGAUGACGAGGACAAUGAAUUUAUGGGAGGGAAGGGGAAGAAGAGGAAAUUGACGAAGCAGGAGAAGGUUGACAAUGACGCGAAACUACGGCGCACUAUAUUUGUGGGAAAUGUUCCAGUGAAUGUGAAGGCUAAACAUUUGAGUACGGAGUUUUCCCAGUACGGUGCUGUUGAAUCUGCCCGACUGAGAUCUGUUCCAAUUGUGGAUGUCAAAAUGCCACGGAGAGCAGCUGUAAUUACCGGGAACCUAAAUGAGAAUCGGACCAGUUUGAAUGGUUACAUCGUCUUCAAGGAGGAGGCUUCAGCUCAGGCGGCCCUGGCCCACAAUAUGAAGGAGUUCGCAGGCAAACAUCUGCGUGUAGAUUUGGCCGGAAGUUACUCAUCAGGAGUGGAGUAUGAUCGGAAGCGGUCCAUUUUUAUUGGAAAUCUUCCUUUUGACGCGGAGGACGAAGAUCUCAUCACACUUUUUCAAGGGAACACCCCGGAGCUUGAGGUAGAAGCCGUACGGAUCGUGAGAGAUCCACAAACUAGCGCCGGCAAAGGCUUCGGAUUCGUCUGUUUCAAAACAAAGAUGGGCGCCGAGUCGGCCCUUGAUAAAAGAGACUUCACUUUGCUGAAGAAUCGACCUCUCCGUCUUGAGCGCUUGGGAUCGAAAAAAGCGGUUGAAAAGCCACGUGCAAAGCGAGACACGGAAGAGCGUUCAGGACUGAGACCAAAACCUGGAGCAGAACAGCGCCUGACCAAGAAAGCCCCUGCAUCUUAUGAAGGAGCAAGAGCAGGAAAGCGCAAGGGAGUGACGCCGAAGAAGCCUGAAAGAGGGGGAAGUUCUACCGCUAACAAAAGCGGCAAGAGAGCUGGGCUUGGCAAAAGGCCAGCAAUUGCAGCGAAGAAAGCAAGAACAUUGCAGAAGAAAAGUGGAGUCUCAGCUGGUCCGAAAGUAUCAGGCGGGAAGAGAAAGAGAGAGGAGAAAGGGAAGAAGAAUGAUUCGAAGGGUUUACAAUCUGAUAUUCCACACACCAAAGGCUUAAGGAAAAAGUUGUGGAGUGCUGUCAAAACAUGUGGGAAAUAUGCUUCAUUCUCCCUAAAAGACAUGUUCCAUGAGUCAGAAAUUCAGAGUGGUGCCUUGAAUGCUCCAAUGAAGAAACUCAUGCAGAAGUAUGAAGAAACUUACUGAAGUAAGUGACUUGUUGUCAUUAUGAGGAUGCACUCGAGAGAGCUAAAUGAAGACGGAAUUUUUAUUCAGUGGUCAGAGUUCGGUAUGCAAUGUAGUAAAGCCCAGGUUGGCAGCUGAAGAUUCUGUUGGUGGGUGAGGUUGAGGACAUGGCUUCAUACUUGAGAAGGCUGAUCUGCACUUUCUCAGUGUCCAAACUCAUGAAUGUCUUGAAAGUUGGUAGUGUAAAUAAAAGUGAUACAGAUCUUGCAUAUUGCUUACAGUUCAAUCUCUGAUGCCGCAAUAUAUCUGAAGUAAAACCUACAGAAUAUCCAGGCAAGAGCACCGUAAGCAGUCAAACAAAUACGGAGUGUUGUCUUUGUCAGUGCUUGAAAAUUGGAGUUAUGAACAAUGUGCAGCAUCUCUAUACGUUUAGAAAGUUGCAUAAGAUUGCUGCAGAGAGCACAAAUGAAGUAAGGACCAGCCGCAAACAUUAAGAUCUGGACAAGACAUCUGAAUUAUCGAAACAAGCCUACACGCUAGAAGUAGAUGCAAGUUAGGGUCAGUCUGGGAACCUCAAACAGCAUCCAAAACUGUGAAGUUCUGUGGAGAAUAUAGACCAAAAAGGCUCCUGUGGUCAUGAUCCGAACUUUAAAGAAAGUAUUGCCAUUUGCGUCCACCGGUUGAGAGACCUUCCGAUCUGCACCCAGAUGCAUCUCCAGUUCUGUUGUUGUUCGUAAGGAAGAGCUAUGAAGAAAUCUAAAGGUAUGGAGGACCAUUUGAUAUCUGUAAUCUGCUGA